AUGUUUAAAAUUGAUUUAUCUACAAUAAUUGUCGAAGUAUUUAAAGAUGCAUUUAAUGCUUUAAGGUAUACUACUUCUAAUACUAAGGAUGUUAAACUCGUCAGAAUCAAUUUUGAUAGAGAAUUUGAGAUGAAUAUGAGACCCACUAUGAUCAAAGAUUAUUUCAUAACCCUAAUCAUAGAUAAAUAG